GACUUCCUGAACAUUGACCAUCACACGUCCCCACUGAUGUCACAAUUUCACAACGAAUCACGCCGUGGUACGGGCCUCACUUCCGGGAGUCUCAACACGCCCAGAAUCUUCGGCGCAACUGGAGGGAACAGCGUACUGUUGAUACGAAAUUUGGGCUUGAGCUAACCGAUAAAUUGAAGCAGCUCGUUGUAUUGCAAGAGACAACUGACCAUAAGACCUUAGCAUGUCCAAUGAGGCUGACCACAUCGAGGGUGGAGGAGACAAGGAGUCUGAGGAGGGUGCGCACGAUACUUCCGAGCAGACUGUGAGGAAGCGAGUCCGAGCAAAUGCAAGUCCACACAGAGAAACAAGUGCUCCACAAGCCAGCCCACCCAGAUUUGUGUCGGUAAACGAGUUAUUGGAGACGGCAAAAGGAGUCACCAAUAUGGCUUUGGCUCACGAAAUACUGGUCAACGAAUCUUUUCAAGUGCAACAGUCUGAGCUUCCCGAAGGAAGUUUGGAGCGCAGAGUGAAGGAGAUUGUGCACCAAGCAUUCUGGGAUUUUCUGGAAGCUCAGUUAAAGGAGGAUCCACCACAAUACAGCCAUGUGAUCCAACAGCUGGCUGAAAUUAAAGAGACGUUGCUAUCUUUCUUGCUGCCGGGCCAUGGUCACUUACGGUCCCGAAUUGAAGAGGUUCUGGACCUGACUCUAAUCCAGCAGCAGGCAGAGAAAGGAGCACUUGACGUUGGUUCAUUAUCCCAUUUCAUUAUCGAGAUGAUGGGUUCACUCUGUGCCCCCUGCAGGGAUGAGGCUGUCUAUAAACUAAAGGAGAUCACCGAAUUUGUCCCUCUGCUCAAGGCCAUAUUCUCUCUCUUAGACCUGAUGAAGUUGGACAUGGCUAACUUUGCUGUUAACAGCAUUAGGCCUCAUCUGAUGCAGCAGUCAAUUGAGUAUGAGAGGAACAAGUUCCAGGAGUUUCUGGACAGACAGCCCAAUGCUUUAGACUUUACUGAGAAGUGGCUCAAGGACACACUUAAGGACUUGAGAAAGGCUUCUCUAGUCACUGCAUCAUCUGAUCAGUCUGCUCACCUUCCUGCUUACGUCCAUAAUCAAGCAUAUUUGCGACUACUUAAGUGGGAACACCUCUCAGAACCCUUCCCUGAGACAGUGUUGAUGGAUCAGGCUCGGUUCCAGGAAAUGCAGCAGAAGACUGAACAAUUAGUUUUGCUUUCAUCCAUAUUACUCAUUGUUUACACUACCACGGGGGAAGCUAUAUCUGGUCUUCCAGGACUCAUGGAGAAACUUAAAAACACUGUCCACGCCAUGCUUGCAGACAUGUACACACCGGCCUUCAAUUUGCAAGAGACCUUAGUCACUACUGGAGAGAAACUGUGCGUGGAGCUAAAUCAAUGUUUAAGCCAGCAUGGGUAUGCUAUAUUAUCUACGGACCAAAAAACCACUUUGAUGGGGCAAAUCUCAGCCACCACAGACCCAGACAACACAGUCCGUCAACUGAUAGACUCUCGGGUUCAGAGCUACCUGCUAGCCACUCUGGAGUCCAGUCAACACAAAACUCCUCCUCCUCUGCCAGGAGGUCUUGCACCUGUCUCCAAAGAGCUAAAAGAACUUGCUGUUCGCUUCAGUUGCCUUGUCAACUUCAAUAAGUUGGUCUUUUCCCCAUUCUACCAAAAGAUUCUCCACAAGUGCUACUCAUCAGAAGGUUGUACCAGCGCAGAGACGGUAGGUGGGAGACUGAGUGGACCAUGUGCCAUUUCUCCAUUGUUCGGGAGGCGACCAGAAGUUGCUGUAAGGUUGUUGGUGCUUGUCAUGUCAGCAUUCCCUGAACCCAACAGCAGCGGUAAGGAGGCGUCACGGCGGAAGACGGAUUGGAGUCUGCCUCAGAGUUCUGAGGACAAGGGUUCAAAUCCCGGCCCUGCCUGUGUGAAGUGUGCAUGUUCUCCCUGUGCUUGUGUGAGUUUUCUCACACAUCCCAAAAACAUGCAUGGUGGGACAAUUGAGGAUCCUAAAUUGCUCAUAGGUGUGAAUGUGAAUGGGAAUGGUUAUGUAUCCCUGCGAUUGGCUGGCAUUCAGUUCAGGAUUUACCCCGCCCCCUGCUUGAAGAUAGCUGGGAUAGGCUUUAGCAAUCCAAAUCCAAACUAGACCAAGGAUGAAGAAAUGUUACGUACUGAAGAGUGGGCCGGGUCUUGUAGAUGAGGUAAAAAGAAAGUUUGUUCAUGUUUGAUUUUGAAAACAAAUUCUAAAUGUAUAACUAGAUAAAUGAACAAAAAAUAAAAAUGAAUACACAAAGAUGUAAAUAGUAAAUUCAAAAUGAAGACAUGAACAAACAUUAAUACGUAAGUAUAAUAAUAAGUCAAUGCAAUUUUAAAAUAUACUAUUUGUAGACGUUUUAAUUAGAAUUAAUGGAGCACUGAUUUAAUUUUACAUAACUACAUUACAUAAUUAUAUUAUUUUAUUUACUAAUCAAUUAACCAGAAAUUGAAUUAGAUAAAUGUAUAAUAAUUAAUAAUGAAUAAAAUGGUUCGUUGUUGUUUUUAACAAAAUAACUGAUUUUAGAAUUUGAUUUUGAUUUAAACUUAACAUUAUUAAACCAAAUACUAACCAAAUAUUUAUUCUAAAGAAAACAAGUGCAAAGAACCUUUCCAAAAAAAUUAAAUAGCAAGGAAAACCUUAUUUCCAUAAUUCCAUAUAAAAAGAUAAAUACGUUUUGGAUUCAGGGCCCACCAUUUGAACAAUUUAAAGUAUUUGUUUUUUUACAUAAUUUGGGCUCCCAGCUCAUAAAAUCUACAAAAUUAAAAUUUGAAAACUGAAGAAAUUAGCCAAGAGUUUUCAGGGCAUAAAUGUUUUAAACUGUCACACACUAAUCAUCUACUGAAGUCAAAGCACCUGCACAUGUUUCCCCAGGUGUCAUGAAAUGGCUUCAGUUUGGUUUGAUUACCUCAGUUGACUUCAAUAUAUGGAAGACUGCAGACUUGACAGCUGUCCAAAAGACCAUCAUUGAUACCCUCCAUAAGAUGGAUGAGCCACAAAUGUUCAUCGCUAAGGAGGCUUGCUGUUCACGGAGUGCUUUGUCCAAGCAAAUCGUCUAAAAAGUCUAGUGGAAGGAAAAACUCUAGCAGGAGAAGAUGCACCAACAAAAUUAAUACCCCAGACUUCAGCAGAUUAUCAAACAGUAAAGUUAAAGGAAGCUUGCAGAGAUCCAGAAAGAGUGGAAUAAGAUGAGAGUCACAGCUUCAGGCGUAUCUGUGAGAUGGACUACAACUGUCAAGCGACUUCUGAGCCUGAGCCAUCAUAGGAAGCGUUUGAAGUGGGCCAGGAGAAGAAGGAAUGGACUGUUGGCAAGUGGUCUGGGUUCCUAGUUUCCAAUUAAAUUAAAUUGUUCCUUUCAUUUGGGAAUCAAAGUCCUACUGUUUGGAGGAAGACUGGUGAACAGAACCUGAGCUUCUUGAGGUCCAAUGUGAAUUAUCCAGUCAGUCAUGAUUUGGGGUCCAAUGUCCAUUGCAGAUGUUGAUAAACUGCUUUCUUAAAUCCAAUGUCACCGCAAGUCUUCCAAAAUGCAUUAGAUGACUUCCUAAUUCCUUCUGCUGCUGAUUUGUUUAGAAAUGCAGACUUCAUCUCCUAUCAGGACCUGACCCCAGCCACAAGCACCAAAACCUGGUUUGAUGCCUGUGCCAUCACAGAGCUUGACUGGCCAGCCAACUAACCGGAUCUAAACCCUAUAGAGAAUCUAUGGGUUAUUAUCAAGAGGAAAAUGAGGGGCACCAGAGCCUAAAUCAAAGAACUGACAGCAAGCAUCAGGAAAAUCUGCUCUUCAAUAACUCCCAGGCAAUGCCAUAGGCUGAUUGCCUCAAUGACAUUUUGCAUCAAGCCAGCCAUUAAAGCAAAGGGAUUCGCAAGCAAGUACAGAAGAUAAAUGUAUAAUUUUUAAAGUAACACAUUUGUUAAUUUCUUUAAUGUGACCCUAAUUUCUUUGUUCACAGUAUUCAAAAUUUUUGAAUUCCUGAUUUUGUGGGUUUUAUGAGCUGGAAAACCAAAUUAUGUAAAAAUAAACCUGAAAUUGUGUAAAUUGUGAGCACUGAAACAGUAAUCUAUGAAAGUUUAACUUUUUGAAUGGAAUUAUGGAAAGUAAACUUUUUCAUAAUACUUAUUUUUGGGGAAGGGGCUGUAGAUGUACAAACCCAAUUCCAGUGAAGUUGGGAAAUUGUGUUCAACAGGACAGGGUCAUGUUUACCACACUAUUAGGGUGUAGGGUUAAUCCUUUUAUUUUAUUAAUAUUUAUUCCUUGAAUUCAUUCUUUUUAACAACAUUCAAAAAGUAUUUAGCAUCUUAAGGACACUAAUUGUUGAAGCUUUGUGGAAUUGUGGUGGAAUUCUUUCCCAUUCUUGCUUGCUUCAGCUGUUAAAAAGUCCAGGGUCUCCCCUUUGUUGUAUUUUAAGUUUCAUGAUGUGCCACACAUUUUCAAUGGUAGACAGGUCUGGACAGGAGGAAGGCUAGUCUUGUACUAGCACUCUUUUACUAAAAAGCCAUGCUGUUGUGACACAUAGAGAAUGUGGUUUGGAUUGUCUUGGUGAAAUAACCAGGGGCGUCCAUGAAGAAGAUGUUAUUUGGAUGGCAGCAAAUGUUUCUCCAAAACAACAUGUACCUUUGAGCAUUAGUGGUGUCUUCACAGAUGUGUAAGUCACCCAUGCCAUUGGCACUAACAUUGCCACUUGCCAUUACAUCGUGCUGGGUUUUGAACUUUGUGUCCAUAACAGUCCAGAUGGUUCUUUUCCUUUUUGACGCAGAGGACAUGACAUUCACAAUUUCCCAAAACAAUUUGAAAUGUGGACACAUUGGACUACAGAACACUUUUCCACUUUGCAUCAAUCCAUCUUAGAUGAGCUUGGGCCAAGAAAAGCCAGUCGCGUUUCUAGGUGUUGUUGAUACGUGUUGUUUGCUUUGCAUAGUAGAGUUUUAAGAUGCACUUGCGGAUGUACCACCAAACUGUAUUUAUCAUAUUUUCCAGACGACAGAAUGCACCGGUUAAUAAGCCAUGCCCACUCUGUGUAGUGUUUUUUUUCCCCAUCGACUACCCACAGAUGUAUAUUGAAUAUUGUGAAAUUGUAGUAAAUUACAAUUACAGAUUACCUUUGCAUGUGGCCAGUUUUUGUGAAAGAUUUUAAAUCAAUUAAAUUAAAGAUAUAUUUUGAGUUGGUGCAUGUCGUGCUGAGUCUUGCUUUGAUCGCACCAAAAAUUAGCAAUGUUUUCUUCUAUACACACUUGAGGUUGCUCCAUCUUCUAUGUGCACUUGAGGUAUUUCUUCUUCUUCUUCCACCCAUGCUGAAAGCAUUCUUCUACACAUUGGAGACAUAUGCGCAUGCCCAAACCCGGAUGCAUUAUCGGGAACAGCUGUAUUAACCAUUUCGUUUGAACAAGUUUUUGUUGUACCUUUAAACUUAUAGCAGCUAGCGACAAAAAAAAAAAAAAUUUAGACAAAUCAUUAAAUAUGCCACAGGAUUGAAAGCGCCCAAAAAAGUCGUAGCUUGUCAUCCGGAAAAUAUGGCACUGACAUUGGUUUUCUCAAGUGUUUUUGAGCCCAUGUUGUGAUAUCCUUUAUAGAUUGUCGAUUUUCCAUGCAGUGCUGCCUGAGGGCUCGAAGGUCAUGGGCAUUCACUGUUGGUUUUCGGCCUUGACAUGUAUAUGGAGUGAUUUCUCCAGAUUCUCUGAACCUUUUGAUGAUAUGUACUGCAGAUGAGGAAAACCGUAACUUCCUUGUAAUUGUAUGUUGAGGAACGUUGUCCCUAAACUGUUUGUCUACAUUGAUUAUUUGCUAGAAACAAAGUUUAGCAGUUUGAACAUUAAAUAUCUUGUAAGGUAUUCAAUUAAAUAUAGAUUGGACAUGAUUUGCAGAUCAUUGUAUUCUGUUUAACACAACAUCUUAUUGAUCCUACCUUUUAAAUAAUUGCGAGAGAACUAUAUUUUGCCCACUCCUGAAUUAGAUUUUCCCCAGUCUUGAGCUAAUUUAAUAAAACUUAAACUAUAGUUAUGAUCAAUUAUUUUUGUAUCAAUUACAUGCAAUCCCAUUAAAUAAUUUUACUUACAGCAUUACAGUGAACAGGUUUUUUUAACUGCAACUGAAUUUUCUCACUGGCGAUGAACGUUUUAUGGAAUAUUCUUUGCAUUCAUGCAAAAAAUCUGCAGUGAUGUCAACAUAUAUUCAUAUUUAGAUUAGAGAUGCGGUAUGUGGCUGGAUGAUGUUAUGAACUUGACAGAUUUUGAUGAAUGAAUAACAAUACUGUUUGAUGAUAGAUCAGAAAUAAAUCUAGGAAUGCCUGGCCGGGCGUCCUGGAGCCUAUCCCAGCUAACUCUGGGCCAGAGGUGGGAGGCACCCUUAACUGGCCGCCAACCAGUCACUGGGCACGUAUAAACAAAUGAACAUUCGCACUCACUUUUACACCUAUGGACGAUUUAGUGUUCAAAUAACCAACCAUGCAUGUUUUGGGAUGUGGGAGGAAACCAGUGUACCCGGGAAAAAGCCACACAGGCACGAGGAGAACAUGCAAACUCCACACAGGGUGGGCCGGGAUUGAACCUGGGUCCUCAGAACUGUGAGGUUGAUGUGCUAACCAGUCAGUCACCGUACCACUCGAUGUUGACUAAUCGUUUGCUAGUGAUGGUUUUUUUUUUUUCAGUCUUCAACCUGCUGUCCAUGGAACGUUUUGCCUUCUGCCGCCAAAGAAACACAGGCUAACUGUGUCCAUACAGUCCCAAGAUGCACUCACCAAACCCCCAACUGUCUAUUCAAAUAAAUUACUUCCUCGCAGACAUUUGGAA